AUGGACGCCAGCGCGACGGGUUCGACGUCGAGCAAAGGAGAUGCAUUGAUGUCUACGAGCAUGCUAGGAGCUCCAUUUUUACUAGCGCACGCACCCGUCGUGCGCGGCGCCGAUGGCUGUGCGUGUGUUACUCUGGAGAGUUUGCCUUCUUCUCCCCGAGACCCCAGUCCAGCGGGCUCAUCCACGCGCGGCGAAGCGAUUGCCAAACUGAGGCGAGCGGCGUCGCAGCGAGAGGUCCGGCGUGUAUCGCCGCGACGACUGCGUCUGCGGCCUUCGGACGCCGCGCCGCAAAUGGUGCAGGCGCAGCUGCCAAUGCUCGCCGCGCCGGUCGACGCUGAAAAAGACGGCGCAGGGGCGUGUGAGGGGGGUGGGACGGCGUUUGAGCCGCUGUAUACGCCAUCGCCUCAGCUGUACCACGACAUGUCGGGGUCCGGAUCGGACGAUAAGCUCUCGACACCGCGGCAGAUUGAGCACCUCCCACUCCCGUCCCUCGAGCAGCUGCGGAAACGGAUCCUAUACGAGCGAAAAGCCACGGGACUUUCGCGCUCGGCGAGCGCAAGCGCGACGUCGCGCGUCGCGCGUGCGUAUACCAUGCAGAAACUGAUGGGUGCAACGACGCCCGUGCCGUACCGCGAUAUGUUUGACUUUGUCCGCAGCGUAAACGAAGGGCAAAAUACAGAGCUUGUCGAGGCGCAUACAGACGAGCACGAUACCUCGGUUGCGACGCAAUUGAGUGUCGCCUCGAACGAAGCCAUAACGCCGCCGCGCGAUCCCAAGCGAUCCACCUUGAUUCGGUCCGUGUCUGCGCGCGAUGUUGCGCGCCUGCGCAUGUUCCGCAAGAUUGGAAAGCGCGAGGGGCUGGGUGCGCGCGAUGGGAGCUCCGACGAGGUGCCUUGUGGCAGCGCUGCCGAAAAAGCCAGCGACGUGCGCGCCAACGAAGCGCCCACACUCUCCGAUGCAGCGCCUGCGCGCCCCCGAAAAAAUAACCAGCCUAUUCUCGCGAUGCUGCAAAAACUCACCGUGGAGCUCGAUGCAGAGGCACGCCAGAACAGUACCCAGGGCGACGAGCACCACCGCUCAAGCAAAGGCAGCGGCGUGGCCCCCCCCACCUUUACCUCGCCCGCGCUGCACCUCAAGCCUGUCGCGUACCACUGGUCCUCGACUCCAGUGCUGCAUGACGACGUCAAACCGCUGCCGAGUCUCCCUGCGCCGCAGCCCAGCGCCGAGGCAAUUUUAUCGCUCUACCCCGCGCUCCGCGCCCCGACCAAUAUGCGGAGCAUUAGUGCUGCCGAGCCCGACCAGCAUUCUCCUCUCCCUGCGAGCCGCAGCGCCAGCGCACCGUUUCCGCACGCCGAGGAGACGAUGGCCACCGAGCCCAAGAAGGAGAGCCGUGGCGCACGGCUGCUUGGCUCGCUGCGCCGCAAAACCUCGCGCUCGCGGCUGGGCGACCGGAACAAGGCCAAGCAGAGCAAGGCCGAGGCGUCGAACGAACUUGCUGCGCUUGUGCUUCAAGGCGAUGCGCAAGCGCGUGCCUUUUCCCAUGCCGUUGUGCUCCCCGUCACUGCGGCCGUUUUGACGCGGCUGAACCAGAGUUUGGCGCAGCCUGUGCGACACUUGCACGCGCACUUUCCCGCCACGAUUCCCAUCCACCUUGCGCGGGAUCCAGCACGAAAGCUGCGCACCGUUCUCCCCCUUCUUCAGUCUGCGGGCGAUGCGUAUGUCAAGCUGCGGUACCUGUUUGUCUUUGACGAUGUGCUGCUCCUCGCCAAGCCCGCCAUUGUCCCCGCCGAGUCGGACGCGCUGUCCAAGUUUAUGGUCGCGCGCCUCGACACGCCCACAGAUUUACGCGAGAUGUACACGCCCAUUGCAGUUAUGGCUGCAGCGGAUGUGCAGCUUUUGAGCACCGCUGUCGCGCGCAAUGCCGAGCUUCGUGCGAAGCGCGCCAUGGUUUUGAACAACAUGCCGCGCUUCCAGAUGGACCUGCGCAAUGCCUUUGACACUAUCGCCGACGCCCAUGGCCAGGUGCCGGAUGCGAAAGCGCGCGCGCACCUCCUCUACAUUUGCCCCGAACUCGACCGCGUCGUUGUCUCCGCGUACCUCUUUGCGCCGCACAACCGCGAUGUGCUGCAGCACUAUGUCGCACAGCACCGCUUUGCAGGCAUCGGCAUCGAAACGGCCCUGCGCAGCUUGCUGCUUGAUCUGCGCUUUCCCGCGGCACAGCACGAUUUCGAGCUGCUUUUGCUUGCGUUUGCCGCACACUGGCUGCGCUCCAACAGCGGCAUGCUCGCGCCCACAUUUACCUUGGAGCUCGCGACGGAUCUCACGUUUGCGAUGAUGGCACUGCACGAUGCGCUGCACACGGGCCAAGGCUCAUUUACCCCCGGCAUGUUUGCCAAGCCGUGCGCCACCAUCUCGCUGGCGCACUUUGUCCAGUCUGUGCGCGAGCACGACGUGGAGCAGCUCCUCUCGGAGCGCGAGCUGUGCGAGCUCUACUUUGGCGUCAAGACCCAGCCGUUUGCGCAAGCGGCGGGCCCCGAAGACGUGCCGCAGCGCACCAUCGUGUACGAUAUAAGCGCGCUCGCCGCUGGACUCCAGGUCGGCGUCCCCAGCGCGCCAGUGACCAUUGCGCUCGACGCGCCGGACCCCGACUUGAAGAUCCGACUUGAAGGCGCAAGCCUCUUUCUCGAUCCCCCAGUGCUCUCGUUUGCCCACGCGCCUGUUGCGGAGUUCACCGUGUGCAGCACCGCCGCUGGACGGCACGAUCUGUCAUUUGUGCGCAUCGGCAAGCACGCAAAGCUGUACCGCGGCACGCCUUCGAGGAUGCGCGGGACGUGGGAUACGCUCCCACGCACCGUCUCUCUUGACGCGAGCGCCGACGCGCUGCGUCCCACCAUCCUCCUGCGCCACACUGCGAAGAAAGAGGCCGUGUACGAAUUUUACCUGACCGAUGCGCCCGCCGCGCAGUCGCUCGCCGCCCUUGUCCAAGAGCGCAUCGAUGCGGCGCGCGCACAGCGGCACAUGGACCAAGACGCCCACCUCCGCCUCCUUGCACAGUGUGUGCUCGAACUGAGUGUGUUUGGCGAGCGGUACGUUGCGCGGGCGCACCACGUUCUCGCGCACCCGAGCGGUCCCUCCAUGGCGGGCCAGGAGCUGAUCCGCCUCGUGCGCGAAAAUAGUUUGCUUUUGCCCGCGGUGCGCGAGGCGUAG